AUGGGUAAUGCUAUCGGAGCUAGGGGUGGUGUGUGGUUCUUUCACUGUGCUGUGAGAUCUCUGUUAUGCCCCAUUAAAAAUGGCGACUGCCAUGUGAGUGCUGUAAAAGAUGCAGCUUACCGGAUCUGUGUAAAAGUCCGUAAUGAGCGGGUGUUACGGCAUGUCGGUCUCUGGGCAGUCCGUGAAGGUGCUGUGUUCUCAGCAGGACAAUAUCCUUCUGCCCCAGCCUAUCCAAACCAGGCUCCCAAUCAACAAUCUGUGUACCCACCAGGCAUGCACCUUCAACAGGCUCCUCCCUACACAGAUGCUCCUCCUGCUUAUUCUGAGGCCACCUCCUCCUGGCUGCCCUCCAAAUGCAGCACAGCUGGCUGCCAUGCAAGGUGCCAAUGUCAUAGUCUCGCAGAGAAAGGGCAAUUACUUCAUGGGCGGCUCAGACGGCGGCUACACCAUGUGGUGAGAAGACAUUUGAAGCAUGAAAACGUGGGGCAUAAAGAAAAAAAUACAAGAAAAUGGCCUAACUUUUGUACAAGGAAUGACAUCUCCCUAUGUGAGCACUUCCCACGAUGUUCUGCUUUAGAAUAUUAACCCAGAAUUGCUAUUUAGACGCACAGGUUUAGUGGGAUGUCUUCCAGGUGCUCAGUUUUAAGUGCUCCUACUAUUGGAAAAAGAAGUCCUUUGGUAAAAAGGCAAAAAAUGCUUUGCAAUGUAUCAUGCCACUUUUCCAUCCUUCCACACAUCUUCACUUUUAAUAAAAUAUUACAGGUUUGUUUUUGCGUUUGCUCAAUCCCCUUUUGUGGGUUGUAAGAAAUGUAAUUUGGGGAUUGUUAUGAGUUAUAAGAGUAUAAUCAAUGGCUGAUCAUCAGGAUUUGAUUUAUUACCACUUGACAUCACAGCAAAAAAAAAAAAAAGUUUCUCAUUAUGGUAAUCUCAAGGAAUGUUUCGGAUCAUGGUAAACUCUAGGAAUGUUUAAUACCUCUUUAAAAAAAAAAAAAAAAAGCAAGGGAACCUUUAAAUGCACGCACACAAAAUAUCCCUUCCUCGUAGCAUAAGUUCCAGAGGUCUUAGAAAAGUCCUGUUUCACACUUUUAAUGUAUGCAUCUUGUCUGCCUUUUCUAACCAAUUCCUUGACUUUUUCAAAAACUUCAGCUUUUGGUCUUUUUUAUUUUUCUGUGCUCACCUGGCCUUGCAGAGUAAUAUACAGUAGAUAAAAUAGUAGAUUGCAAAUGAGGCUGCUAUACAAACAAUGGCACAUUGUGCAUAAGCCUUAUGAAUACUUUUUUUUUUUCUUAUUCAAUUGAAUGAUUUGAAGUAAACUACACAUUGUUUUAAGAGGGCUUAUAGUGCAUUAUGGAGAUACUUUAUUUUUGAGUAGGCUACAUCUGCUACAUUUAUAGUAUUUCCCAAAUGUAAUCUAAAAUCAAGUCCAUAUAGAGUUUCAUGUUUAAAUUUGUUUUUCCGAAAGGACAAGGGGAAGAAACACCAUAAAAAACAUUUCACAAGUAAAAAGUUAUCCUUUUGAAUAGUGGAUUGCAGUUAUAUGGAAGUAAUGGUUUUUGAGGAAUUAAACAUAAUAAAGAUUUAUAAACUUAAUAUUCAUAUUCACAUGUGUUUUUAAAAGGCUUAAAAAAUAUUGUCUGGUCUCAAUUUGGUAACCGUUUGGCUUUCACUGAUGCCAUUUUUUACAAAUGGUUUUAAGCUUGGUUUGACCAGUUCUGUAUUUCUGUUUGGUCAGCAUUAAAGGUGAUCUGUGAUGUUUUUCCUCGGGAAGCAUUCCCAGCACUUACCUUGCUGAUUUUUUGGAUUUCAUCAAGAGCUUUUAUUGUUUCUUUGUGAAUUGAACCAUAAAAAAAAACCUCUCUGCUGUAGAUUUCUGUAACAAGUCUGAUAUGUAAAGCAAUAUGAUGUUUAAUAAGACCAUUACAGACACAGAUGCACAGCUGCUUUGCCAUCAAUGGCCUCUUCACACCACUAACUUUAUGAAGCCUUAACAUUUACAUUGUAUUGUCAUACGUAAAAAGAACAAGUAGCAGCGGGUAUGCAUAUAUUUCAAGUCUUGUCAAUGACUGUUAAUAAAAAUAGCUGUUCAUAAUUUGUGUUUUAUUUUAUUUCAAAGUUUAGUAAAUCCAGCUAUAGUUAAGUAACUUUAAAAUUGGUUCAGCAUGAUCUGCUACUAUAAAGGAUACUAGCAGACUCCUACUUAACUAUAACCAGUACACUUGUAGACUGUCCCUUUAAAUUGUUAGUCUGCACCAAGAUUAUUAUUGUUUAAAAAGAUAGAUAACACCUUUAUUACCCAUUCCCCAGCUUUGCACAACCAGCAUUGUUAUAUUUAAUUUACUUUAUAAAAUUUAAACCUCUACAUUUCUGCCUGUUUCUAAGCCACUACAGACAGCCUGUUAUCACAUGCUUUUUAUUUGCUUUUCACAACAGGAGACUGCUAGUUUGUGUGCCAUAUAGAUAACAUUGUGCUCACGUCUGGGGAGUUAUUUGAGUCGGCACAAUGCAGCACUAAUUGGCUAAAAUGCAAGUCAAUAGAUAAUAAAAGGUCAUGUGAUCAAGGGACUGUCAGAAGAUGCUUAGAUACAAGGUAAUCACAGAGAUAAACAGUAUAAUAAUAUAACUGUUGGUUAUGCAAAACUGGGGAAUGGGUAAUAAAGGGAUUAUCUAUCUUUUAAAACAAGAAAAACUCUGGUGUAGACUGUCCCAUAAAACUUUGUUCAGUAGAUUCUUAGACAUAGCGAGGUUAAGCAAAUAAAAAUAUAUAGACUAAUUGAUGUUUAUUAUGCUAAAGAUGUUUAAUUUUUUCAAAAAUAUUCAUAGUAACAUUUUAAAAUAUCCAUUAGCGUAAAGCUCAAUGUGGUAUCUCUGAAGACUAGUAAAUUACACUAAUUCCACAAUGAAACACGUUUUUCUUUCAUGAUUCAUAGAGCAUACAAUUUUAAACAACUUUCCAAUUUACUUCUGUUUAUCUAAUUUGUUUUGUUUUCUUGGUAUCCUUUGAAAAGCAUACCUAAGUAGGUGCAGAAGCAGUGAUGCACAACUGUGAGCUAGUUGCUGAUUUGUGGGUGCACAUGUGCCUUUUGUCAUUGGCUCGUCUGUUUUUUAGCAUGCUCCCGGUAGUGAAUUGGUGCUCAUUCAACAAAGGAUGCCAAGAGAAUGAAGAAUUAAAUGGAAAGCUUUUUUAAACUAUAUGUGAAAGAAAAAUGUAGGGUUUCAUGUCCCUUUAAAUAUAUUUUUGUAAUGAUUAGGCUGUCAUCUGUAUAAGAAAUAUUUUAAGGAAUAUUACUGAACCAAGAUUUUUAUCUGCAUUAUUGAUAAGCUUCCAAAGCUUGUCUUCCUUGUCAUGUAGCAGAAAAGACCUUGUAGCAGAAAAUAGCUUGUGUAACUUUACAUUAUUUUAUAUAUACAGGAAAGCUGCUUCCCAGCACUGGAUCAUAGUUUAACCACAUUUACAUGAAACAACCUAAAAUCAGUAUGUUUUUUUUACCAUAAACUAAGGCCUAUCACUCCAUACUGUAUUGGCUAUCAUGACUGGUGUUUUUAAGAAAGUUCAGCAUUCAAUGUCUUUUAAUAGAUAAAUACACUGUGGUGCACUCGUGGAUUUUUUUUUUUUUAUAUAUAUACUAAAACAAUUGUAGAAUAAAAUAUUUUGAAGAUUUGAAUAAAACUGAAGAAGUUGGAAUAAACAUCAUACAUAAAAAUC